AGACCCAGCGCCAGCAGGCGUGCUCGGUCGAUCUUCGAGCUGAAGAUGCGGCGGGGCUGGAAGAUGGCUCUGUCCGCGGGGCUGCGGGGCUGCCGCCGGGUACUUUCCUGGGUGCCGGUGCUCGUUAUCGUCUUCGUCGUGCUCUGGUCAUACUAUGCCUACGUCUUUGAGCUCUGCCUGGUCACUGUUUUGAGCCCAGCAGAAAAAGUUAUCUACCUCGUAUUCUACCAUGCCAUCUUUGUGUUCUUUACCUGGACUUACUGGAAGUCUAUUUUUACACUCCCUCAACAGCCAAACCAGAAGUUUCACUUGUCCUAUACAGACAAGGAACGUUAUGAAAAUGAAGAGAGACCUGAGGUCCAAAAGCAGAUGCUCAUUGAUAUUGCCAAGAAGCUACCAGUUUACACAAGGACCGGGAGUGGAGCUGUAAGAUUCUGUGACCGGUGCCAUUUGAUCAAGCCAGAUCGCUGCCACCACUGCUCUGUUUGUGCUAUAUGUGUUUUAAAAAUGGACCAUCAUUGCCCUUGGGUUAACAAUUGCAUUGGAUUUUCCAACUAUAAAUUCUUCCUUCAGUUCUUAGGUUAUUCUGUUCUCUACUGCUUGUACAUUGCUACAACAGUCUUCAGCUAUUUCAUCAAAUACUGGAGAGGGGAAUUGCCCAGUGUUCGCUCUAAGUUCCAUGUCCUUUUUCUCCUCUUUGUGGCCUGCAUGUUUUUUGUCAGCCUUGUGAUUCUCUUUGGUUACCAUUGUUGGCUUGUCAGCAGAAACAAAACCACCUUAGAGGCCUUCUGUACUCCAGUGUUUACAAGUGGUCCAAAGAAAAAUGGGUUCAACCUUGGCUUCAUCAAAAAUAUCCAGCAGGUGUUUGGAGACAACAAGAAGUUCUGGUUAAUACCUAUUUGGUCCAGCCCUGGUGAUGGACACUCCUUCCCUAUGAGUUCUAUGAAUGAGUCACAGAACCCACUGCUAGCAAAUGAAGAGCCCUGGGAUGACAAUGAUGAUGACAACCGAGAUUAUCCAGAAGGUUCAUCAUCUCUUGCGGAGGAAACAGAAACAUAGCAGUUUGUGCAUUUCCUGCAUCUCUAAGACAGGCAAAAAGCACCAUCCCUGCACUCCAGUUCUCCCAAAAUGCUACUAAAUUGUUCACCAGUGGCAGGCAGCCUUACACAUGGGAUUCUCUUUCGUCCAGUGAAAAGCUAAACAGCCUUCUCUUUGCAACAUUCACAGGUAAAUAACCUAGUGUGAUUCAGCAUUAAAUGGAGAAUUUUAGUGAUAGAAAUACCAUGGAGUUCAAAGCUCUGAUCUGAUAAGCCUUCUAAUUUUAUACCCAUGAAAAAGCUAGUAAUUAUUCAAAAGCCUAUUGAUUUGUUUGUGGACUCUUGGGUCUUCACUUUUUUCCCUUAUAGAACCCUGCUGUGUACCAGUAUAGAUACUGUAUAAGACCUUGUAUAUGCAAGCAAUUUUGCUAUGUACUUCAUAUGUAUUAUCUCAUUUAAUCCUCAUAGCAACUCUAUGAAGUGAAUGUUAUUAUUCCCAUUUUACUUAUGAGAAAACUGAAGUCCAGAGAUGUUAAGUCACCUACCCAGCUAGUAAGAGGAUUAAAAUUCUCUGGUGAAAUAAAUUUAGGAAAUCCUGUAUAAGCAAAAUUAGAGGGUUGUCUUUACCAUAGGGAUUCUCAAGAUUUUUAUUAUAUAAAUGAGUCGUGUGACUCUCCAAGAGGAGGAUAUAGUAGCCCUCUGAAACUAUUUGACUAAACUUAUUUUAUUAUGUGCAGAUCAUGGAAUGUUGUCUUUAGUGCAGUACUUAUCAAGACUUAUAAUAUGCUAAGGAACUUUGUCAAUCCCUAAAAGUGAAUAAGUUUACCCAAACUUGUAUUACCAUGUAACUUUUUUCAGAACAUCUUGAGUGAAUGUUAAAUCAUAAAAUAAAUUCUUGAUAUGA